AUGAUCAUUAUUGCCUCCCGAUGCCCGUUCCCCUACGUCCGGCAUGGGAAACGCGUGUCCUCCGCCCGCUACUUGUACAAGCCCGGGGACACCGUGAGCUUCGCGUGCAGAGCCGGGUACACCCUGCGGGGCUCCCGCACCAGCACCUGCCGCGCCGGCUUCCGAUGGAGCCCCCCCCUGCCGGUGUGCGGGAAGGAGGUGACAUGUCCUCAGCCACCAAACAUUGCCAACGGGCUGCACAGCGCGCAGAACUUGGAGAAGUUUUCCCCAGGACUGACCGUGUACUACAGCUGCAAGGAGGGCUACCAGCUGGUUGGGAACACAUCUGUCAACUGCACAGAGAGCGGGGUGUGGAGCCGGCCCCGGCCCCGCUGUGAAGCAAUUGGCUGUGAGAUGCCUGAGGUGCAGAAUGGGAAAGUCCAUGGGCUGCAAAGCACCUACAGAGCUGGAGAGACUCUUCACUUUGCCUGUGAUGAAGGUUACGCUGCAGAGGACACGUAUGAGACUCGGUGCCAGCCCGGGGGGACCUGGGAUCCUCCAGAGCUCAUCUGUGUGAAGGUCCAGCCCUGUCCCAUGCCUCCAGAGAUCACCAAUGGAAAUCACAACGGGCAGGGCAGAGCAUUUUUUACCACGGGAAUGUCUGUCACCUACACCUGUGACCCUGGCUACUACCUGGUUGGAAAAGCUGCCGUGUUUUGCAGAGCAUCAGGGAACUGGAGCCGGCCUGGCCCUCGCUGUGAAGCCCGGCCAUGCCCCAUGCCUCCGGGGGUCCAGCAUGGAAGUUACAACGGGCAGGGCAGAGCAUUUUUUACCACGGGAAUGUCUGUCACCUACACCUGUGACCCUGGCUACUACCUGGUUGGAAAAGCUGCCGUGUUUUGCAGAGCAUCAGGGAACUGGAGCCGGCCUGGCCCUCGCUGUGAAGGUGGUUGUGGUGCUCCUACAAGGCUUCCCUUUGCUGAGCUAAACGAGCAGCAUAAAAAUGAGCUUGAUUUUUCUGUUGGGAAGACUGUGCAAUACACUUGCCGACCUGGAUAUGCUAAACAGCCAGGAAUGUCACCUACUAUUACAUGCCUUGAGAGCGGAGUGUGGUCAGAAGCACUAGAGUUCUGUAAAAGAAAAAAAUGCAGUCAUCCUGGUGAACCUGUGAAUGGGAAAAUUAGUUUCCUAACAGAUCUCCUGUUUGGGUCAACAGUGCUCUACAGCUGUGAAGAGGGGCACAGGUUAAUUGGAAAAUCCAGCAGACGAUGUGAGGUUUCUGGUGGACGUGUUGCGUGGAGUGGUGAUGUUCCCACUUGUCAGCGCAUCCCUUGUGAGCCACCUCCGGACAUUCCCAACGGGAAGCACACGGGCAGCCUGCUGGAGGAAUUCCACUAUGGCACAUCUGUAACAUACACCUGCAACCCUGGGUACCCGCUCCAGGGAGAACCCUCCAUCCACUGCACAACCCGGGAUGGGAAAAACGGGGUGUGGAGCAGCCCCCCCCCCCACUGCGGAGCUGGCUGCAGUGCCCCUCCCAGACUGGCGUUUGCUGAGCUGAAGGAGCUGCACAGCAACCAGGGAGUCUUUCCCGUGGGGAGGACGGUGGGAUACGUGUGCCGGGCUGGGUACACCCAGCAGCCGGGAAUGCUGCCGGCCAUCACCUGCCUCAGGAAUCAGACGUGGUCUGUGGCUCUGGAGUUCUGUAAAAGGAAGCAAUGUCCUAACCCAGGGGAUCCAGAGAAUGGCAGAGCUGUUGUCCUGACAGACCUCCUCUUUGAGUCCAAAGUUAAUUACACUUGUGACACAGGGUACAAGCUGGUUGGAUUGUCCCAGAGAACAUGCGAGGUCUCUGGCACACGUGUCUUGUGGAGUGGGGAUGCUCCUGUCUGCCAGCCUGUCACCUGUGGCCCACCUCCAGACAUCCUCCACGGGACACACAGCGGGGGCUCGAGGGACACCUUCUCCUACGGGGACGUGGUCACCUACAGCUGCACCUCUGGCCGCUCUCUGGCUGGAGAUGCCUCCCUGGUGUGCGCGGCGGGGCCCGGGCAGCGGGGCGCGUGGAGCGGGGCCGCACCGCGCUGUGCAGAGGUGAAGUGUCCCCCCCCUCCAGGCAUUGCCAACGGGAAGCACAGUGGCCAGCCCUCAGACACCCACCUCCCAGGCUCGGCUGUGCAGUACAGCUGCAGGGAUGGGUAUUCCCUGGUCGGAAACGCCUCCAUCCGCUGCACCCCGGAGGGAACCUGGAGCCGGCCCCGGCCCCGAUGCGAAGCAAGCGGCUGUGAAAGACCAGAGAUCAAGAAUGGGAAAACAACUGGGACAAAGACCCUGUACAGACUGGGGGACAUUGUUGUCUUUGAGUGUGAUUUUGGUUACGCCUUGAAGGGCUCUCAAGAAUCUUGGUGCCAGUUUGGGGGCAGGUGGGACCCUCCUGCCCCAACCUGUGAAAAGAUGCUGCAGUGUCCUUCCCCUCCAAAUAUCAAAAAUGGGCAGCAUGACAGCAAGGAUGUGAAAGUGUUUGUCCCUGGAAUAUCAGUGAAGUACUACUGUGACCCAGGGUACGUCCUCACUGGGAAAACAACAGUUUCUUGUUUGGCGUCUGGAACCUGGAGCAUCCCUUACCCCCGGUGUGAUGUGAUCACCUGCACAAGCCCCAACAUCCAGGGCGGAGAAGUGGCUGGAGGACAGAGCACUGUGUACCAUCCUGGAGCCAAUGUCACCUUCCAGUGCCACCUGGGCUACGUGCUGAGGGGCAGCCACGAGGCCAAGUGCCAGCCCGAUGGCCGCUGGGCACCUCCUGUCCCCACCUGUGAGCCAGUGAUCAACUGCACAAGCCCCGACAUCCAGAAUGGAGAUGUGGCUGAAGGACAGAGUUCUGUGUACCAACCUGGGGCCAAUGUCACCUUUCGUUGUCACCCAGGCUACGUGCUGCAGGGCAGUGGUGAGGCUGAGUGCCAGCCCGAUGGCCGCUGGGUCCCUGCUGUCCCCACCUGCAAGCCAGAGCUGCAGUGUCCUUCACCACCAAAUAUUGACAAAGGAAGUCACAACAGCCAGGACUUGGAAGUUUUUACUACUGGGAUGGUUGUAAAUUAUAGCUGUGACCCUGGAUACAGCCUCUUGGGAGAGGCAUCGAUUUACUGCACUGACUCUGGAAACUGGAGCCUCCCUUUUCCUCAGUGUGCAGGUGGCUGUGGUGCCCCUCCAAGCUUGACCUUUGCUGAGCUAGCUGAGGAAUACAAAAAUCGGACAGAGUUUCCAGUCGGGGACACCGUGCGGUACAGCUGCCAGCCGGGAUACAUGAGACACCCUGGAGCAGCCUCCACUCUGACAUGCCUCAAAAACCACACGUGGUCCGAAGCGCUAGAGUUCUGCAAAAGUGAAUAG